AUGUCAGCCUAUGCCCAAUUAGUAGCCAGCCUUUCUGCGUCCGAUAUUCUCGCCAAAUGGCCCGACGUCACCCCAUUAAACAAGAUCUCCGGAGUGCCAACAUCGGCCGGAUCGUCAUCAGCUACACAGUCAUCUUCCAACGACCUCUUUAACGGACAUGACGAGGAGCAAAUCAAGCUUAUGGAAGAGUUAUGUAUAGUCUUGGACAACGACGACAAGCCAGUAGGUGCCGGUACCAAGAAAUUGUGUCAUAUCAUGGAAAACAUCGAUAAAGGUUUAUUGCAUCGUGCCUUCUCUGUGUUCCUUUUCAACGAAGACGGGAAGUUAUUGUUACAGCAAAGAGCUGACGAGAAGAUCACGUUCCCUUCAAUGUGGACCAAUACCUGCUGCUCACACCCAUUGUGUGUGCCCUCUGAAUUAGGAAUAACCAAAGACGGAGAAGGAGAUCACAACGACUUGUCCAACGCCGUAGCUGGAGCCAAGAACGCUGCCCAAAGGAAGUUGGAGCACGAGUUAGGGAUUCCAUACUCGGAUUCUCCUUUGAAGGACUUCCAGUUCUUGACCAGAAUCCACUACAAGUCCGCCAGCGGAGAAUCCAAGUGGGGAGAGCACGAAAUCGACUACAUUUUGAUAUUGAGGGCCAGAAACGACAUCACCAUUGACGCUAACUACAACGAGGUCAAGGACUUUAAGUAUGUCAGCAAAGAUGAGUUGAAGGAGAUGUUUGAGGAUCCAGAGUUGGUGUUCACGCCGUGGUUCAAGUUGAUCUGUGAGAGUUUGCUCUUUGAGUGGUGGGGGAACUUGGACAACUUAGAGCCGUUUGAGGACGAUAAGGUGCACAGAUUGUUAUAG